UUGGCGCGGCUAGACGCCCCUCCUGCCACCUGCGGCGGCCAUGAAGGGGACCCCCAGCUCCCUGGACACCCUGCUGUGGGUCUACCACUUCCACAGCUCCACGGAGGUGGCCCUGCAGCCCCCUCUGCUCUCCUCCCUGGAACUGGCCGCCACGGCGGCCCACGAAUACCUGGAGCAGAGGUUUGGAGAGCUGAGGUCCCUGGAGUCCAGGGAGCCGGCGAGGCCCACCCCGACGCCCACCCUGGGACUGGUGCUGCAGGAGGCCGCGGCCAGCCUCAUGAGCUUUGGGGCCGCCUUGUUAGAGAUCUCCGCCCUGUGGCUGCAGGAGGAGGCACGCCGGCUGGAGGGCUGCGGCCCUGGUGCAGCCCCAGAGGCCGGGGACCCUGGAGGAGCGCUGGCCCGGGUGGCUCAGGCGGCUGGGCAGGGUGUCCGGCGAGCAGGGGCGAGUGCCCGGCUCCUGGCCCAGGGGGCAUGGCUGUGCCUGUGCGGCCGUGGCCUGCAGGGGUCCACCUCCCUGCCCCAUCAGUGGCCCCAACUGGGCCUCGGGAUCCCAGGGGAAGCGGGGCAUUCAGGCGAGCUGGUGGUGGUGCCCAGCAACAGCACACUGGACGGCAGGCCCGACACUCCACCCCCGAGCCAGGCCCACCCCACAUCCGAAUAAAGCCCCGA